UCCUCCUUCUUCCCCUCUGGAAUCCACCGAGGCGGACACAGUGUCUCGUUUCCAACUCACAGAAGGGGCAAAAAAUUUUUGUAGAGAGAGAAAUUUAACUCCUCCACUGUCUUUCCUCUUCCCUCUUAAUCCUAAUAAUUAAGAAAGGAAAGCGGUGGUGCUAAUGGCUGGGUAUAGAGCUGAAGAUGACUACGAUUACCUCUUCAAGGUGGUUCUGAUCGGUGAUUCUGGUGUUGGGAAGUCCAAUCUUCUCUCCAGGUUUACCAGGAACGAGUUCAGCCUCGAGUCCAAGUCCACAAUCGGGGUCGAGUUCGCCACUCGCAGCUUGAACGUUGAUGGCAAGGUCAUCAAAGCCCAGAUUUGGGACACUGCUGGCCAGGAAAGGUACCGUGCAAUAACUAGUGCUUACUACCGAGGAGCUGUGGGUGCUCUGCUUGUGUAUGAUGUUACUCGGCACUCCACAUUUGAGAAUGUUGAAAGGUGGUUGAGGGAGUUGAGGGAUCACACAGAUCCCAACAUUGUGGUCAUGCUCAUUGGUAACAAAUCGGAUCUUCGUCAUCUUGUGGCAGUCUCAACUGAGGACGGCAAGUCAUUUGCAGAGAGGGAGUCCCUCUACUUCAUGGAAACCUCUGCACUGGAAGCAACAAAUGUGGACAAUGCAUUUGCUGAAGUUCUUACUCAGAUAUACCGAAUUGUUAGCAAGAAAGCCAUGGAAGCUGGUGAUGAUGGAGCUGCUUCAGCUGUUCCCAGCAAAGGGGAGAAAAUUGAUGUUGGUAAAGAUGUCUCAGCUAUGAAGAGAGUUGGAUGCUGCUCAAACUAGGGUUUUGAAUUGAAUUUGAUUGUGUUGGAUGGGAUGUGGCCGGUUUGUUUUGCUGCAUCUGUUUCUAUAUACACCACCAUGAUUGUGUAAAAUUUUCUCAAAGUUGCCUACAUUAGGAGAUAGGCUGAUUGUCUUUACAUAUUAUUUUUAUUUUUUUACUUGAGAUUAUUUACAUUAUUAGCUGACACAGAGGGCUUGAUUAGGAGCAUGAUAUUCUAUUGUUCUCAGUUAGAUGGUGGAUAGGGUGAAGACUUGAACCAAAACUUGUUUGAUUCAAUGCCUGUUCAGAUUCAUUUAUCUAUAUUGCAUUAUUCUAAUGAAAUUGCAGGUUUGUGGACA